UGCUACCGCCCUCCCUGCACUAAGGAUAUUGUUCUUUGUGUGGUUAUUUCAGCGGGUGGCUCUAGUAAAUUCCUGUGAUCGCAGCCUAUACCCGUCAUAGACACCGUUGAUCUAUUUCCUUUAAAAAAUGUUUCUUUAUAAGAGAGGGAAACAGAUUCAUUGGAAAGAUGUAUUACUUGUAAAGAUGGAAGACUGUCAAUUAUUCCUUGUAUAUGAUAAACAGCGCUCUGUAUCUUUAAAUGUGGGAGCUGAGGGUUAUGUGAUGGCAUCAUCAGCCAAUAGGCUUUGAUGAUGUGCUUCUCCCUCCACCCCUGACAUCUGGGAGCGCCUCCCUAUACGGUUGUUGGUGUUGAGCAAGUGAUGGAUGCAGGAUGUGAUGGCAGACUCAAAGAAGCCAAAUGCCUGUGGCUUCUACAGUACUUCUGAAUAGAUAUCCAGGACUACAUCCAGAAGCUGAUGUUGGGAUGCCUUUUCACUGGACAUGUGGUCAAAUCUAAAGGACCUUUCAGACACACAGAUCCCUGCCCCAGGGUGGUCUUUUGUGGCACAUAGUUUCACGUGGAAUUCCACAAAGCUUAGACUGGGUAGACAUGGCCAAAACGGAUUACCUGGUGGAUGCAGCCAGGCAAAUACGUAUGGCACUAGACCGAGAGGUCGGUGAGGACUAUGAGGCUGCUUUCAACUACUACAAGAAAGGAGUUGAUUUGUUACUAAAUGGAAUUCAAGCAGACCCAAAUAAGGAACGACGUGAAGCAGUGAAGCGAAAAACCACCCAGUAUCUGAAGAGAGCCGAAGAUAUCUUCAUCUCCCACCUCCAAAACAGCUACCAGAAGGGAGGAUCUCAGAUGGAGCAGGGCUACAGCAGCCUAAGGUUCCGGCCAAUCAGACAUCUGAACUCACCGGUGGAAGAUCUAAAGAUGUAUAAAGUUGUUGGCAUCAUUGAUAAGGUUCUUACUGUUCAGAGUCUGGUUUGCAAGGAAACAUUUGUGGUAAAGAGCCUUCCCAAAUCGAGUGGAAAUAGCCGUGAUAGGCCCACCAUCAUCCCUCAGAAUGUUCCCUUUAUGGUGAAACUUGUGAGGUAUUACGUAAGUGAGGAUUCGCUCUACCUGCAUCUAGAACAUGUGAAAGGAGGGAGGCUAUUAUCCAAACUGCACAAACUCAGGGGUCAGGCAGCCAAAGAGCAUCCUGACUGCUCUAGGACCAGUCAGCACAAGAUCCGACUGAAAAACAGCUAUACAUCACCAGCUAUCAGUAGGGAAUAUGGCCAGGAUGAGGGUCAGAAUGUCAGAAUAACCAAACCCACAGAGGGGGAACCUCCAGACUCAGACUCCCCAGCAUCGUGGUACGAGGCACAGCACCGACUGGAGAACUGCCGAACUCAUUCGUACAGUGAGGAGACAGGUUGUUUGCAGCAUUCUAAGUUGGGGAUACUGGACGUCAAGUCGAACCAAGAGUUAAUAAAUGCAGCAAAGACACCGGGUGAGCUUCCAACGAUCACAUCUCAUCAAGAUCCUGCUCUCCCAAUGCAUCUCAGUUCCCACCCAGACCAACGGGAAUCACCAAAUAGAACUUCAGAACCUCCCAUAAAUCACACUGAACCUGACAUACACCGCUCCGAAUUGGACAUGGCCUGUAAUCCGUCGGAUCCAUUGCACAAGUGUGGGACUUGUAGGGUGCUCCACUCAGGAGGCGACUGUGCGGUAGAUAACGUUCAAACAUCUUUGCCCCUCUCCAAGAGAACUUACUCCACUCCCAAAACACAGAGCCAGUACAGUGGGAUUAUGCCAGCCCAGACCAGCCAAGGACCAGCCAAGGAAGUCAAUGGGAUCAUCUCGGACAACCCUCCCUCAACAACACAGAAGCAGAUGUCAAAUGGGGAGAUGGGUACAGCUGUUGUUGAACCUGUUUCCUUUCCCAGGGACAUGAACUCAGAGGUAAAAGGCGAAGCCAUUAAUCCAAGGUGCAAUAGAACAUCAUCCUCAGGGACCUUUUGGUCACAAACUGUCUCGCAUAUUCACGAUUUUGGCAUGCUGCACAUGGCUGACUCUGCUGGUAGGCUAUUAGGAGACAUAUCCGAAGAGAGGCUGAGGAAGCCUGAAGAGGAAGAGGGAUGGGGGAAUCUGGGUUUACUUGACAAAGAGAAACUUCAGGAAAAGAAAUUGGAAAGUGGGUUGGGUUCAGCAUCAUCUAGCCUCAGCAGUGACACCUAUACUCCCAAUGAAACCAGAGUCUGUGACAUGGAACAGAUCAUUGAGGUGGACGGCUGGUGCCACAUACCUCAGCUCAACAGGCAGGUUUCCAGAAGAGAGCCCCAGUACGGCCCCUGGGGACUCCCUGAGGCUGAUGUAAGGACAUGGGGAGCACAAAUCCUUGUGGCCCUGGAAAGCCUUCAUGACCAGGGUAUCAUCUGCUGUGAUCUCAACCCAAACAAUAUCCUUCUCAGUUCUUCUGGUAAGGUAUGCCUGACAUACUUUGGCCAGUGGAGUGAGGUGCAGCCAAAGGUGUGUCAAAAGGCGAUGGAACAAAUGUACUGUGCUCCAGAGAUUGGUGGUAUGGCCAAAGUCACCGAGGCAUGUGAUUGGUGGAGUUUGGGGGUCUUGCUCUUUGAACUUCUUACUGGGAUGCCGCUGUGGCAGUGCCACCCCACUGCAGUGGACUCUCACACCCAGCUCCUCAUCCCAGACCAUCUGAGCACUGCAGCAGCCUCCUUGCUCACUGAGCUCCUUCAGUUUGACGCUGGCUAUCGGUUGGGCUCCGGUGGCGGCGGUGUGAGUGACAUCAAGUGCCAUCCCUUCUUCAACUCAGUGGCAUGGCCCAGUCUGGACAGUUAAUGGUUGUCCUACAAGAUACACAUCUUAGGCUUUUUCAGACCAUAAGAACUUUCAGAUUCUAGAAACUUUAUCAGGGUUUUUGAUUCACAAAAACAAUGUCAACUGUCAGCUCCUCAGGGGUAGAACCAGGGCCCAGGACUUGAACUCAUUCUCCAAGCUGAUCUCCCUGGUCCUGGAACUUUAGAGAAUGGUGGUUAGAAACAUGCUGCUUUUGCUUUUGCGAAAGGGCCUACUGCUAAUGGGUGAAGGACAACAUUGGUUUCCCCCCGGUUUUGUAAUCUUUAUUUAUAGUCCACAGCUGCAUCCAAACUUGUGCUUUUUAGAGUUCUGGUCAUAAAUAACAAUUCUUCUCAAAAGUUCUUAAACAAUAUGGAUUGUAUUGCUGCCCAAAUUGGAAGAUCUUGGGACACAAGUAGGAGUUAAUGGAGACCCUCUAUGCAUGUGCAAUGCAUAUUAACAAUCUUUGUACUCCCCUUAUUUAAACAAGGAAACCUCACUGAGAACCAAAUUCUCCUUUUCAGAGGUGUCUUGUAUGCAAAAUGUUUCAGAAUUAUAAGGGUAGAAAUCCUUUUUUGUGGAUGUAAGGAAACAAAUAAUAGUACAAAAUUAGAAAUCAGUUCACUGUAAUAUGUCACACCUAUACAAAGCAUGUGUAUUCCCCUGUUAGCUGAAGUCCUAUCUCCCCUCCCUUUUGAUUCCUUCCUCUAAAUCCAUUCAGUGAGUGUAAACCACCUCUGGUCUAUCCAUGUUGUUCCUUGGAGCAGGAUCUACAUACUCACCCAUUGUGAUAAAGACUACUUCAUAUAUGGCCUGUGUCUGCACUGUGGGCCCGUCUGCCUGGUUUUAUAUAUCUGUGAUGAUGAAUGAGCACCUCUUAGUGGACGAAUUGAAUGGAAGCCCUUGUAGUCUUACUGCAGUAACCAUUAUGACAUACUCCCACCACUAAAACUUUCACACCCGAAGAGAGAGGGACACUAAAGAAUACUACAUAUUCUCUGUAGACUUUUGGCAUUCAUAGUGUACUUCCAUGUUUUUUUUUUUAAUCAAAUCAGUUCUGUGUUUAUGUCAUGUGCAAUUUACAAAGAUUCCUUUUGAAACCCGAUUUCAGUCAAUGACAUUUAGUGUGUUAACUGGACUGUAAGGUGUAUACAGUGUGUUGAUGGUCGACUAUAGAUAAUGCAACUACAAACGUUGCAUGAAUACCUAAUCCAUUGUAAAUUGAUGUCUAAAUAAUGAUGGUUUGGACCCCCAGGCCCUGUCUCUAUACAGUAAAUAUCUGCAAGAUAAAUCGAAUAAAAACUUCUUUUUGUAAUGUU